AUGAACCACGCGCUUCAUCGAAACAGCAGCAGCACAGGGAGCAGCACAUCUGCUUCUACUGCUGCUCCCAAAACUCCGGAGGAUUUGCGUGCAGGCGAAUCGUUUUGGUUUGCAAAGAGUGCAUCGAUGCAAGGGUCAGGUGCAAAGGCUUCCAUGCUCAUGCGUUCGCAUAUCCCCACGGCGCCCUCCAUUUCGCGCCACGAUGCGACGGGUAGCACUUUGAUGGGGAGCGCACUUUCGGAUUCUGAAGACGAAGAGGCAGGCAGCGCAACACGAUCAGCCGAAGCUUCGACGUCCACUACGAGUCCAAGGAGGUCGGAUUCGACGAACAAGUCGAGCGCCACCCGCAUCGCCCUCAAUGGCGAUGCUGAUAGUGCGGUCCGAGGUCUGACUCGUCGCGGUCGACCUCGGAAGUUGUUUCGCUAUCUAAAAGAUCUGGGAGAGGUGCCGGGCGUCGACUUGAGACCUGUCCCUGCGUAUGACCCUAAAGAUGGGAGCAGCGUCCCUUGCUCGCCCCCAAAGCGUGAGUAUGCUUGCUGCUUUUGCGGUGCGGCUUGUGAGAGAGCGUUGCGUUGCUGACGCGAAUACCGAUCAUUAGGCGGAGCUUCUUUGGUGGAUGAUGGAAACGGCCUGAAACGUAGACGCAUAAAGAAGGUGAGCGUGCCAAUGCGAGUGACUACCAUGCCUCUUCUACUCACCCACUAUGCCAUCGUUGCUGCCAGGUCGCAAAGGCUUGCGUGUUUUGCAAGCGGAGCCACAUGACCUGCGAUGAUGAAAGACCAUGCAGAAGGUGGUGAGUGUUCGAACGAGACAUGCGCUCGACCCAUCAUUGAAGUACAAGUUCGCUAUACUCCAGUCACAAGCGGGGAAUUGCGCACAUGUGCGCGGACGAAGAGCCCAUCGCGACUGCGGCUGCCAUCGCAGGACCUAGUAGUCCGCCGGCGAACGUGGAGGAACAUUCGAAGAAGACUUUGAGAGGCAGGAAGCGGAGAUGCAGCGCUUCUAACGCAACAAAUGGAGAACCCCAAAGCACCGCCGAGCUCAAGAGAACGAGCAGGCGCAAGACGCUCGAGCCAAUACCCUCUCGUCCAGCAUCACCCGUGUCCUCUCAGGUCGGGCCCGAAAAUAGUGACAGCUCUAAAUCAGAAACUUUGAAAAUACCUCCGAGCGCUGUGCUCAUGGCAGCCUUGACUCGCGACACUCCAAAUGAAGAUGAGGCCUACUUUGGCAGCGUCGACUUGGCGCACCUAGCCAAGACGAGCUCAGCUGCGAGUUGCUCCCAGAUCUCAUCGCACGGCGCCCGCGACGUCAGUUCUUCGUCCAACGUUGAGAGGCUAGCUGCAAGCGACCCAGCUCCUCUACUCUCGUUGGAUCAACUCUCAUCACCCAAUGGGCAACUGCAAAUCCCAACUGGCGAGCUGUUUUGGGCAGCUUUUCCACAGACAAGUGGAACGUCUGCCUCGGGUCUAGUGGCAGGGAGCGGUUUGACGCCAGGUCAGUUUGGGUUUGGAGUUGGAAGCGGCUUGACACCCUUUGAGACGUACUUGCGCGAGAAUUACCGCGAGCCGAUAGGUGAUCUACUUCUCACCCCAGGAGCUAUGGCGCCUUCAGGCCAAGCGAGGCAACAACAGCAACAACAACAGCACCAUCUCCAACCACCGCUCUUGACUCCUUUGGGCAGCUUUCGCAUCAGCGAUGGCUCUUUGCAGAAUGUACCAACCUUCACUCAGCUCGAUGGUAGCACCAGCAAGACCGCCUCGCGAGGGCUGGAAAGCGGACGUGAAGCGUCCAAUGCCGAAGCUAUUGGACCGAGCAUUGCGUCUACAGCAAGCGCUGAUGCCGGCGCAACGCUCGCCGCAUUUGGAACCGGCUUGCAACAAUAUGCAGCGCUAAAAAAGCCAUUCACCUUGUCCAUACCCUCAACAGUCACUGCCAAGGCGUCCGUGUCGCAAGCGGAGCUGGCUGAUGGGGAGGCGAAAGAGUAUGAGCACCUCAAGGCUAGAAUCGCUUCAGCAUUGACGUCCGACCAGCAUCAUGCAUGGUCUCCCGCCCUUGAGGGCAAAAUGGCACGAGCAUUGGAGAGCCUUCGAGGUGCGAUCUCAGCCAAGAUGAUGGGAUUGAACGAAUUGGAGAAGCAAAGACUGAGCAUCGACUUUGCGCGAGUGCACGCACAUUACAAGCACGCUGUGCUGGAGAGCGUGUCCGCACCCAUGCUGCUGCUCACUAGAUGGGGCCGUGUAUGUGGUAAGUGUGAUCGUCCCGCGAAUCCGCAUAGCAACGCUUGGAGGUCCUGAUGCUGAUGCGCCCCCCUCCCUGCGCUACUGCAGACAUCAACUCGCAUCUAGUUGACCUGCUGCGACUAGACGCUUGCCAAUUUGAUCUGUCGAUGGUAGGCAUGGAGGAUUUUCUGUGUCCUGGAUUGGCAGUACAUCUCUUUGAGGUCAGUCGGCAGCAGUCGAGCCGCGCAUGUUGUCACAUUCGCUGACAUCGAACUUGCUCGACGCUGCAGCAUUGCGCAACAGUGCUGCAAAGCCCCAAGACCAAUGAAGCGAUUCGAGCGACUGGCGACAUUGUGUCGCCAGCAGCUCGAAAGUACGCUCUGGACAAGUCCAGGCUUCCCCGCAACACGCCGGCACCGACGAUGACAGGUCGCGCGCGCACUGCCGACGAGGAUGCCGCGCUCGCGAGAUUGGUUGGGGGUGUAACCUGCGUCAUCUCAUUUCAGCUCGUCUGCUCCGCUCAUGGAGUCCCGCUGAUGGGCGUGGCCACUCUGCUACCCAUCGAAGGGCGAAUCUCUUGA